UUUUAAAGAAUGAUUCCAGAAUAUGUCAAUAAACUGUGCAUAUAAGAAGAAAUAGUGAUCUUGUACUUUGUUUACAAGUAUACAAUGUUGUGAUUUUGUAAAGUGAAUUAAAAGAUGUGUAUUUACGUGGAACACUUUGAGGAGAUAUCAAUAAAGAGAUAAUCUCUGGAAGACGAUGGAUGAUGAAGAGGCCGAUUUGCGUGAACAGAUUUUUCAUAACAAUGUGCGGGAGCAAAUUAUAUUUUUGCUCCUUUUCAUCCUCCUGUACCUUCUCUCGUUCAUGCUGAUCGAGAAGUUCAGGCGACGAGACAGUGAGGACUACUUCUCCAAUGACGAGGAUGAAGUCAAGGUGUACCGUAUCAGCUUAUGGCUGUGCACAUUCGCCUUGGCCGUCUCUCUGGGAUCGGCAUUGUUGUUGCCAGUGUCAAUCGUCAGCAACGAGGUUCUGAUCCUGUACCCUAAUAGCUACUAUGUAAAAUGGCUGAACAGCUCGCUAAUACAAGGCCUAUGGAACCACGUGUUCCUAUUCUCAAACUUGUCGCUGUUCGUGUUUCUGCCGUUUGCAUACUUGUUUUCUGAGUCAUCCGGGUUUCCUGGAUGCCGGGGAAUGAGAGGCCGAGUAUACGAGACUUUCUUAGUGCUCGCUCUGCUUGGUGUGGCCAUGCUUGGCCUGGCCUAUGUCAUAUCGGCGUGGUUGGACGGCGACGGAUCCAGUAUUGAUGCUUUAUUAAAUUUAUGGACGUAUCUCCCUUUCCUGUAUUCCUGUGUGUCGUUUGUCGGUGUCUUAAUGUUAUUGGUAUUCACCCCACUGGGCUUCGUGCGUCUGUUCGGCGUCGUAAGCGCAGUGCUAGUGAAGCCGCAGUUCCUCCGAGAUCUCAACGAAGAGUACUACGUGUACUCUUUCGAAGAAGAUACACUUAAACGACGGAUCAACAAUGCGGUUGCCAGUGGUGUAGGCUACAUAUCUCCAGAACCAAUGUACCCCGAUAGUGGCGACAUAUCAGCACCAGUGAACCCUGACAUCUCGAUGUCCAACAGCAUGAGCUCGUCUCCUGUCUGCAAGGACACGCCGCUUCUGCGGCUGAGGAACGGCGCAUUGCAAGCUGGAUUAAAUGAGCGAUUGCAACGAAUUGUUGCUGCUAGAAAGGAAGUAGAAAGCCAACGCAAGACGUCAUCGUUUCAACGCAACGUGGUGUACCCUUUAGCGAUGCUGCUGCUGCUCGCGUUGACUACUAUCACCGUGCUUAUGGUACUACAGAACACUCUGGAGCUACUCAUCGGCAUCAAGGCACUGCCUCUUAGCACUCGGCAAUUCACGCUCGGUAUAGCGUCGUUGUCGAAACUGGGCUGGGCAGGAGCGACUCUAGAGGCGUUCCUGAUUUUGUACUUGCACUGCGCAUCGCUGACGGGGCUCUGGGCGCCGCUGCGCGCGCUGCGGCUGCUGCCACGCGCGCGCCGCACGCCACUCGCGCGCAUCAUAGCGCUGGCCGCCGUGCUGCUCGCGCAUUCCACCGCGCAGCCGCUGCUGGUCAAGAUAUUAGGUAUAACAAACUUCGACUUGCUAGGCGAAUUCGGGCGCAUAGAAUGGCUCGGCAACUUCAAACUGGUGUUGCUAUACAACGCAAUAUUCGCCGCUACCGUCACCCUGUGCCUCGUGAGCAAAUUCACGGCCAGCGUACGACGGGAGUUGUAUAACAGGUUCAAGUGGUUGGCAGAUAUGUUCAGUGUACCAGAAGAAUCGACUGUACCCAUCCUAACUCGACCUUCGGUAGACUGCACCCCAGAGAAGACUCUCCCGGAGAAACUAACAGUCCAGGGACAGAAUGAUAGCGAGGAUCAAAACCUGCAUUUGAAAUCGGAAUAAAAUAUGACCUUAACAAUCUUAAUGCCCGCCUACACGGGUACUUUAUCGCUUGGAAACUUGUGCGUUUGUAUGUAUAUAUUACGUAUGAUACUGAUUGAAAAUGUGACAAAUCUAAUGCAAUAUUCCCUUGCCAUAGUUUAGGUUAGGUACUUUAUAGUAUAACAUACUUCUAAGUGGGUCACUACAGAGGCUCUGUAACUAGUAUUCACUUAAUAACAUCUGCUUUCAUUAUCUUUAAACCCUAUACCUGAUACAGGAACACUAUUACCUAAAC